CGGAGACUCGUCACCGCACCAGGACCUCCUCGCCACCAUUGAUGAGGUGUCCAGCGCUGCACAGUCUAACGCGCCUUCUCCGGGACCAGCUAGCGACGAUAACGACUCUGAUGAAGAGUUUGUAUAUCCUGGAAUACCAGAGGCCGUUAUAGGCGACCCUCUGAAGUGCCCUUCGUCAUCGCAGUCAGCGGAGAAUCUGGCCUCGUCAAUGCAAGAGUCAUCACUAUCCGUGUCAUCUAGAGACGUGUCACAAGAGCCCGAAGAACCUAGCCAACCGGCACCAGUUCCAAAGUCAAAGAAGGUACACCCAUCUCCUGCUCAAUUAGAAUCUUUGCAGGCAGCUGCGUCCAGCGGUGAUCUCGCCUUGCUGCAGAAGCUCUUCCGCACCGCGCUCCAGACGGGAGAAGUCGAACCCUUCGCAUUAGCGAACGACGCGUCUCCGCGUACUGGGCUGACCGCAUUGCAUGCUGCCUCGAGUAGAGGAUACUUGGAUAUCGUGAGAUGGCUGAAUGCGGCCUCUAAGGGACAUUUGCCCGUGGUGCUGUACUUACUAAGCAAACAAUCGGCUGACCCCCUUGUUCGCAAUAAUUGGGGCGAGACUGCGUACGAUGUUGCUGCUGCAGUAUUUGAAGUCUGGAUAUGUGAGGUCUUGCAGAAGGCAGAAGCCGAGAAAUGGCGCGGAACUACAGUGUUUUACAACCCUCUUGCAGUGCAUACAACGGUCCCGGUGAUCAUGUAUGAGCAUCAGCGGCUCGAUAUGCGUCUCAAGACGUUGGCAGUCAAUGGUGGCCGUCCUAGGUUUUCUGCUUCCGGGCUUGGAAGGAGAGGUCGCCGUGCCCCGUAUGAGCUCCGCUUGCCCGUCCCAGAUGAACACACCGGCAAGAAAUUAUUACCUGCUUGGCGCAGCGAUGUGCAACUCCCCCUGCGUGAGAAUGCUUUCAAUUUGCCAAUCCCCGGAAGCGAAAAUGCAGAGGGUGCAGAUCGGAGCCAUUUCUGGUUGUCUGACUGGACACUGGAUAUCACACAUCCGAGUGUUGAUGCCGAAGAAGGCUGGCAGUACGCACAUUCCUUCGAUGAUGCUGAUGAGGCAUGGACCGCGGAUCAGCCACCGCAGCUGCAGCGUCUCCUAACCGGCAGCGGAGCCAUGACCGCGGGGCUUGGCGGCACGAAUAGCAGCUCCAGCUCUCGUUCACGCACCACAACCUCUCAUUCCUGGGUUCGCCGGAGACGGUGGGUUCGUGUUAUGCGUCGCCGUCUAGACAUACCACCUCUGCCCUUUUUGCAGCCAAACGGAGUAUUGUAUCUGCUUGAUGCGGAUGGCGCACUGGUACCACAUGUCGAGGAGCGGGAUUCUGAGUUGCACGGCGCAGAGGGCCGAGAGCUGGGUUCUAUGCCAAGCAACGGCUUGACCUCUGCACAAGAUUACGUCGCUCGUGCUCGAUAUCUUGCGGGCGCUCAGGACGAUGAUGCAGAGCCUGUUGCUGAGACAGAUGCUGUUCAAGCUCGCCGCGCUAUCGCCAAGCUUGAAAGGGCUACCACAGAACUCCGCCAGGGCAUUCUCGGUGAUGAUGACGUGGAGCGUAACACUCAAGCGGAAGUCCUGCUCAAUGCCUAUAGCCGAGAUCUAGAACGCAGACGUCUCUCAGCGGGCGCUCAGGGCCUGCUGGUUGCUCAAAAUGAUGAGGAUGAGCUCGAUGACGAUGACUCUGAUGACGAGUCCUUCCACUAUCCGGCUUCGUCACCUCAUGAUACGAUCCGUCCUCCGUCUGUGCGAUCCGGAAACACAGACUACUUCAGCAGAAACACUUCUUUGACUCGUGGUCCGACUGACUUGACACCUCAUCUCUCGCAAGCUUCCGAAUUUCGUGUUCCGACACAUGAAGCUCCGCAGAAGGCCCUGAGUCCUCGGUGGACGCCUCCUACUCCUCACCAGGUCCACCCGACUUGGGAAAGAGACGAGACGGUAAACCAGUGUCGCGGCUGUAGCAGGCGAUUCAAUUUCAUUACGAGAAGACACUGCCGCCGCUGCGGCCGUAUCUUUUGUGAUAGGUGUUCGUCGUUCCGCGCGCUUCUCGAUCCGUCCGACAUCGUCCACGAUCCCGCCUACGCAGAGUCCUCGACCGCCUCGUCGUCUUCCCAGCGAGUCUGCCAGCCUUGUUAUGAAGAGGUCAACGCGAGUGUUCCGAACGGACUGCACACCUCAAGGACCAAUUCCAUGGAGCGCAUUGUUGUCGACCAACGCAGGCUCCAAAUCCCGAGCCCGGGAAACCGUAACGGCGAGACAAGCUCUCAGAUUAGUGACUUGGCCGACUGCCCCGUGUGCGGUGUCAACUUGUGCGACGUUGGGCCUGCGCCACUGCAGGAGGCACAUGUCAAGAACUGCUUGGAAGGCGGAAGCAGUGCGUCGCCUCAGAGCGCGAAGUACCUCGUCUACAAAUUGCCGGAGGAGAGCGCACUGAUUGGCACUGAAUGCGUUAUCUGCCUCGAGGAGUUCGUGAAGGGUUGUCCGGUUGCUCGAUUGAGCUGUUUUUGCAGCUUCCACAACGCGUGCUUGUCAUCCUGGUUGCAGCGCGGAAGGAGUUGUCCCGUGCAUGCCCGUUAAGAGGCGUCGACAUCGAACAACCCUAAUAUACCCCCUACUACCACAACCCAUAUGGAAUUCGUAAUAUCACAGCGCAAUAUAUGGAUACAUUCACGGCUUGAGCUUGAGUCUGGGUCAGUCACCGUCAUGGUCGAAGUUGGUACCUGGGAUUCGGCUCUCGUCGAUGCGGAUGACCGAAGAGUAGUCUUCAUAGUCGGGUUCGAUGAUGUCUUGCCCCUUGCGGCCAUCGUCUUGAUCGUCUUCGAACCAACUAGCAGGAUCAUCGUCUUCAAAGUCUUCGUCUUCGUCCUCGUCUUCAAAAUCUGACUCGGUGGGCUUGUAGUUCAUGAAUGCCCAUAUACGAGCCUCCUGUUCCUCCCUGGUCAGAGCACGAUAAUCUCCCUUCUGAGGUAAUCCCAUUCGUCGCCGCCUCUCCUCCUGUCUCUCCUCCUGCUCUUUCUUGCGUUGCAUUUCGGCUCUGUGAGCUGCUGCUUCGAUCUCCAUAGCCUCCUGGAAGGUGAAGACGUCCCCAGCUCUGCUUGUAUUCGAUUCUUGCAUUCUAGCGGAGAGUUUGGCUAAUGCACGCUCUUUGGCACUUAUAGGACGAGGUGCCGAAGAUGGCCGGUUGUCGACGUGCAUGCCGUUCUCCUCCUGCAGGGUUGUGUCGUGGAGCUUCUUCUGAAUGUCAUCCACGCCGAGCUCGACUAAGCGUCUUUCAAUGGCAGCCUGUUCGGCAUUUAUCCUUUGCACGUACGUGGAACUGGAAGGUCCGGACUCCUCGAGCCUCUUGACAUUCCGGACAUGGCGCUGCCUGAGCUCCCGAAUGCCUAGCUCAGCUAUGGCGCGCUCCUUUGGCCGGGAUGACGGCAAGAAACCAUGGGGGACCGAGUGCUGUAGCCUGCCGCCUGGGGACGACGGUGGCGAGAUCCCCGUAGGAGACAUGCGGUGAUGAGAUCGCGUGGGUGAGACUGC